AUGACAGAAGUCAAAAUGGCAUCCGCCGGCUCUGAUGCUAAACCCAAGCCUGAGAAACUCCCCGUCACAGUCUCCAAGCCCACACCCUACACAUUCGACCUGGGCUACCUGAUGGCUAACGACCCGAACCCGCUCGACCUCCCGCGCUCCACCCCCCUCAACGAAUCUCUGAAGGCCAUCGCGCGCGACGGCACCCAGUCCCUCCUCAACCAGCUCCUCACCACCUGCCCGAUCACAUCGUCCGCCCAGAAUGGCGUUCUCCUCACGCUCCCUCCCCCGGCGACGGCCCUCCCGCGCCACAAGCCCCUGCCCACUCCCAAGCAACCCACCAAGUGGGAGCUGUUCGCCCGCAAGAAGGGCAUCGGCAAGUACAGCACCACGCCUGGCGCCGCGCUGGCGGACAAGGAGCGUCGCAAGAAGCUGGUGUACGAUGAGGAAAAGGGCGAGUGGGUGCCUCGCUGGGGCUACAAGGGCAAGAACAAGUCCGAUGACGAGUGGCUGGUGGAGGUGAAGGAGAAGGACUGGCAGAAGGAGGAGGAGGCGGCGGCCAAGGGCAGCUCGAUCCGGGGCAUGUCGCGUGCCGAUCGCAAGGAGAGAAUACGCCGCAACGAGCGCAAGAUGCGGUCCAACGAGCGGAGAUCGCGGAAAUCGGGCGGUGGAUAG